GUCGGAUCUGUUGAUUUUACGGCGUUCAACCAUAGCCCUCCACAGCGAGCUCAAUACUGGCGGGAGGUCAUCAAUCGAGAAACAUGGGAACACACAUUCCACCCACUGAAUGAGCGCUUGCCGCUUCCAAAUUACAAGGACUUGGUUUCGUCCAGCAAAGAUGCACAAAGCCAGCCAUGGCGUUUGUUGAGGCGCUCUUUUCAGGUAGGUCGGGACGAUUUCGGUGUCCCACUUAGUCCCUUCCUCUUGUGA